UGACAUAUCGCAUUCUGGCGUUGGUUUGUUUUGAUCAUCAAAUUGAGGUUAUUAUUCACUAAAAUGUUUAGAAAAUUAAAGUUUUCCUACUUUUCCCGCUUACCUGCGAGUUUCUCUACACGCGUCUCCAUUGAUGCAAGUCUCCGUGAAAGUUUUGAGUCGCAGGAGUUCAAGCCACGCAAGCAUCCCGGCAAAAUACGAUUGAAAGUGGCUGCCUUACCGCCAGACAUACAGAAAGCCAUCACUUUGAUUCUCGACGAUGCCGGCGCUAAAUCAUACCAGCAGGAAAGCAUUAAGCUACGAAACUAUCUACAGUCGCGCCUGCUACCACCAGAGGAAGGAGAUAUUGACAAGAAAGCUUCAACACUCUACGACAAAAUAUCUAACAGUGUAUAUUCGAGGGCUAAAAAGCCUCUUUCCAGCACAGAAAUGGAAGAAACAGAUUUGAAAAUAAAACAGAAGGUGUUCAGUGUGUUAAAGAAGACUUGCUAUAGUUGGGGUAACAUAGCGUAUGAUAAACCGACAAGCCUACAGUAUUUAAUGUCUCGGGCAGCCCCAGAAUACGCUGUUUUAUUACAAAUACUAGAUGAAAUCAGGAAAAGAAUGCCGGACUAUAAACCUCGAAGCUUCUUUGACUUUGGCUCAGGAGUUGGAACGGGCACAUGGGCCGUUAACACCUUUUGGAAAGGAGAUAUAUUUGAGUACUUCUGCGUAGAUACUUCACCGGCUAUGAAUGAUUUGUCUCGUCUAAUAUUGUGUGGAGGCAGAGACAAUGCAGAAAUGCCUUUAAAGUCCUUUUUCCAGCGUCAGUUCCUGCCCGCAUCAACUGAUUUGAAGUACAACAUAGUAUUAUCAGCAUAUUCCUUAUUUGAGAUGCCAAAUAUGAAGAGUAGAUUAGAAACAAUACAGAAACUAUGGAAUAAAACCGAAGACUUCCUAAUAAUAGUGGAGAAUGGCACUUACGCUGGUUUCAAAAUAGUUAAUGAAGCUAGAGAAUUUGUUCUAGAUCUGAAGAACAAAGAAAAGGGUUACGCGUUUGCACCAUGUCCAACCGAUGUUGUGUGUCCUCGGUAUUUAGAAAACAAGACCCCUUGCAAUUUUCUAAUGAAGUACGAGCCAUUGCCAUACCCAAGUCGGUCUGAAAUUGCAACAGAAUUAUUCUCAUAUGUCAUAUUAAGGAAGGGAGAGCGUCCCGCAGAUGACCCGCAGUGGCCGAGGAUUGUGCGCGCUCCCAUUGUCCGCUCCGGACACACAGUCUGCAGGUUUUGCACUGCUCAAGGGGAAUUAAAGGAGAUAAUAUUUUCAAAAUCCAAAUAUGACCAAACCACAUACAGAUGUGCUAGAUCCAGUAAUUGGGGGGACGAGUUACCUGUUAAAUAAAAUAUUCGUGUGAAUGUAU